AUGUGGCAGGUUAGUGCCCGCUCCCUGUGCCGGGCCAGCUCCCGAGCCUGGCAGAGGCGGCUGCCUUGGCCCGGGCCCGAGCCCGCAGCCCCAGGGAGCCGCAGCCCCGCGUGGAGCCCCGGGACAGCCCCCGCCCAGGGACUCUGCUCCAUGGCCCCCUCCAUCCGCCUGUCGCCCGCCGCCCGCAGCCUCUUCGAUGAGCCGCUGGCCAUCGCCGUGCAGGGCCUCGGCCCGCGGCAGCAGGUCACGCUGCGGACGUCCUUGCGGGACGAGACCGGGGAGCUCUUCCAGGCCAGCGCCCGCUACCAGGCGGGCGACGACGGGCGGCUGGACCUGGCCCGUUGUCCUGCGCUGCCGGGAGGCAGCUUCUCCGGCCUGGAGCCCAUGGGGCUGCUCUGGGCUUUGCAGCCCCAGAAGCCUUUCUGGCGCCUGGUAAAGCGGGACGUGCAGAGCCCCUUCCUCCUGCAGCUGGAGGUGUUUGAGGGCCACGGGGAGCGUCCCGGGCGCCUCCUGGCCCAGGCGCAGCACGAGCGGGCGUUCCUGCGGGACGGGGUGCGGAGAGUCCCGGUGCGAGAGGGAAGGAUCCGGGCGACGCUUUUCCUGCCCCCCGGAGAAGACACCUUUCCAGGGAUCAUUGAUAUACAUGGAUUUGGAGGAGGUCUUUUAGAGGCCAGAGCAAGCCUGCUGGCCAAUCAUGGCUUUGCCACUCUGGCCCUAGCUUAUUAUCAAUUUGAAGAUCUGCCCCAGAAACCAAAGGAACUCCACCUGGAAUAUUUUGAAGAGGCAGUGAACUAUAUGCUGCAGCACCCACAGGUGAAGGGUCCAGGGGUUGGCCUGCUCGGUUUCUCCAAAGGGGCUGAAGUGUCCCUUGCCAUGGCUGCCUUCCUGAAGAACAUCAUGGCUGUUGCUUCCCUCAAUGCCCCUGUUGCUGCUACAUGUAUUCCUUUCUCUUACAAGGAUAAAAUCAUCCCUGCUGCGACCUCAUAUGAACACAAAGCCAAGACCACCAGUUCCAAGUUUCUUGAUUAUUCUGAUGUCCUUGAUGAUCCCUUUCAAGCCCCUGGCAACCAAAGCCUGAUCCCACUAGAGAAAGCUGAGGCACAGUUUCUAUUCAUUGUGGGACAAGAUGACCAUGUUGUCAAGAGUGAGUAUUAUGCUACCGAAGUCUGCAAGCUUAUGCAGGCUCAAGGGAAGGGAAAUUUUCAGAUUCUUUCCUACCCUGGAACAGGGCACUGCAUAGACCCUCCCUUUUUCCCUUUGUACCCCAUAGGAAGCCACCCUGUUUUUCACAAGCGGGCAGUCCUGGGUGGGGAGCUCAGGGCUUACUCUAAAGCUCAAGUUCAUGCUUGGUCACAGGUCCAGGCUUUUUUCAAAAAGUAUUUAAUUGUUAACUAA